UGCCACCGCGGAUUGAAGCCGAAGGAAACCGAAACGAAACGCCAGUUGGCUAGUAGUGGAUAAAAAAGUGAUGGAAUAAUGGCGGCUCCCAUCAGUCCCAUGUUAAAGUGGAAAAAAAUUGCGAAUCCGGCUGGUCCGAACCCUCGGCCACGUCAUGGACACCGUGCGAUUUCAAUAAAAGACUUAAUGAUUGUUUUUGGUGGUGGCAACGAAGGAAUUGUGGAUGAAUUACACGUCUACAACACCACAUCCAACCAAUGGUUUGUCCCUCCAGUAAAGGGUGAUAUUCCACCAGGAUGUGCAGCUUAUGGUUUUGUAGUGGAUGGUACGAGGAUUCUUGUAUUUGGUGGCAUGGUUGAGUAUGGCAAGUACUCAAAUGAGUUGUAUGAGCUCCAGGCAAGUCGGUGGGAAUGGCGACGUCUGAAAGCAAGAGCUCCUGAUAAUGCAGCAGCUCCCUGUCCACGUCUGGGUCACAGUUUUACUAUUCAUGGGAAUCGAGUCUUCCUUUUUGGUGGACUAGCCAAUGACAGUGAAGAUCCCAAGAAUAACAUCCCUAGGUACUUGAAUGACCUCUACAUUCUUCACAUCACUCCUACUGGGCAAAAGGAGUUUUGGGAAUUGCCGGUCACUUUUGGUGAGCCCCCCUCGCCACGGGAAUCUCACACUGCCGUCACGUUCAAUCGCGAUGGGACAAGUCCUAAACUUAUUAUCUACGGAGGAAUGAGUGGUUGUCGACUGGGAGAUUUACACAUACUAGAUGUCAAUACCAUGUCGUGGACUAAACCUUUGGUGAAUGGAGCACCUCCCCUUCCAAGAUCUUUACACAGCGCCACAUUAAUUGGUCAUCAGAUGUACAUAUUUGGAGGCUGGGUGCCAUUGGUUAUGGAUGAUAUGAAAAUGCCCACACACGAAAAAGAAUGGAAAUGCACCAACACUUUGGCUUGUCUCGACUUAAAUUCAAUGACCUGGGAGCCUUUAACUAUGGAAGUGUACGAUGAGUCGGUUCCCCGAGCACGAGCUGGGCAUUGUGCUGUUGGCAUUCAUACGCGUCUCUAUGUAUGGUCGGGUCGUGAUGGAUACAGAAAAGCCUGGAAUAACCAAGUGUGCUGUAAAGACCUUUGGUUCCUGGAGACGGAAAAACCACCAGCACCUGGCCGCGUCCAGCUUGUUCGUGCUUCCACGAAUAGUUUGGAAGUCUGCUGGGGCGUGGUGCCUACUGCAGAAGCCUAUCUUCUUCAAAUCCAGAAAUAUGAAGUCCCACCUGCCGGAGCUACUCCUGCUUCCGGAGCUGACGCUGCCUCCCCAGCUCCAGCUCCUACUCCCACCACGCCGUCUACACCUACCACUCCUUCUACACCAGUUCGCGCUCCCGGAUCACUACACCCAUCCAGCAUCAGACAAGCCACUCCUCAAGGAACACCAGUAGGUGUUGGUAGAGGAGCCAAUAUUGUUAGAGUUCGAGCCCCCGUUGGCGGCCAAACGAUUCGUGUCCUUGGACCUGCUGGGCAAACGCAAAUCAUCCGCGCCGGAGCCAGCCCCAACCAGCCAGGAAUGUCUGGCAUCCAAGCCUUAGCAGCUGCCGCCGCCCAAACUCAACGAUUACCUACACCUACAAGCUCGGCAACAGGCGUUCGAAUGGUACAGCCAACUUUGCUUACUUCUCAAGGCGUUCGUGUUACUCCUGUACCGGGCACUGUAAGUGGUGCACAAACGGUUCGAUUAAGCAGCGGCGCCACCAUACUCAAAGCUGGCACCACCCUUCAAGGGUUACAGACUAUUCAGACGGCAGGUGGCAAGCAAAUCAUAUUGCAAAAAUCUGGCGCGGCGGGUGUUGGAGGCCAGCCACAGAUCGUUACCCUGGUGAAAACAAGCCAAGGCAUGACUGUUGCAACUGUUCCGAAAGGCAUGAGCCUUGUUCAGGCAAAGCCGGGCACAACGGGUGGCGUGACCACAGUACAAGGUUCACCCAAAGGUAUACCACAGGGUGCUACCAUUGUGAAAUUGGUUGGCCAAGGUCAGGCGGGCGCUAAAGGAACUGCCACCUUGCUCCAAGCCGGGCAGCAGGUACCUGCAGGAGCCCUGAUGACUGUUGGAGGAAAGCAGCAGAUGGUUACAACACAAAAUAUCGGGGGUAAACAAACAAUUGUCAUUACCCGGCCAGGCGGACAAGGCACAGCUCUUAAGCAGCAAGGGGGACAACAAGUAAUCGUUGUAUCGUCAGCCGGUGGAAUGCGGACCGUUCAAGCCGCUGCUACCGUUCAAGCCGGCGGUCAAGCGGGAACGCAAACAGUUAAUGUCUUACCUACUACCGGACAAGUCACCACCGGACCUGGGGGUGUCAAGAUGAUAGUCGUAUCUCAGGGCGUAGUCACCUCAUCGACUUCAUCUUCCAGUACGAGCACAGCUGGAAUUGGCGGGACGAAAACUAUUUCUAUACCCGCUGGAGCCCUCCAGAAGACGAUGACGCUUGCGAGGGCAGGAGGACCUCAGGGUCAAGUAAUUACUCUGCCCGGUGGCCAAACUUUGGUGGGAUCUGGUCAGCAGACGAUCACCCUGGGAGGAAAGCCGGUUACGGUUCAAGUGUCAACGGCUCCCGGUGGACAAAAAACAGUCACUUUAGUCACCAGCCAAGGAACAGGUGCCAUUCCCGCCAACGUUGCCAAAUUACUUUCAGCGGGAGGAGGCCAAUCGAAAGUCGUCUUGGUACCUCAGAGCACGGUGACCACCACCGCUGCUAUCAGUAACCAACCCGAAACUGUUUCUAGCACUCAGUCGACCCCUUCGGCUACGUUGAGCUUAUCAGACGGGCCAGCCACAACUGAUGCCGCAUUGGCAGCUCUCGCCGCUGAAGCUGGUUUAAUAGAUCCGCCACUGACCGAAGAAACCGACGCUGCCACAGCCGUGGCCGCCAAUGACGCUGCGGCCAUACCUGUCAGCAUCGAAAAUGAAGACGCCUUACAACUUCUUGCUGGAAUGAGUGCCGAGAUGGUCGAUUCUGCUAACCCCACCGUAGAUGCAGCUGCGGCCACAGCGGUAGCCCAGACAGAAACACCUUUGACUGGUAACAGUGUUUCGGAUAGUACCGACGUUCCCAUUGCGCCAACAACCAGUGCCGUGGAUGUCACUCCCGAUUCUCUAAUGGAACCGAACGCCGAGAGUUCCAUUCUUGGCGAGAAGGCUCCCUCUGAAAAUGAUGAGGCAAUGUUAGCCAACGCUGCUAUUCGUCCGGCAGAAACAGAUGCCGCGGUUUCGAAUGUCGCGGAGCCUGAGACGAACACAACAAAUGAACCGGCCAACGAGCCCGUGGACGAGCCUGCAGCCGUUCCUUGCGAGCCGGAGCCCCCUUUGCCUAAGGAAGAAAAGGCCGAACUACCUGCAGCUGCGGAGAUUAAAGAUGAAACUAAAGCGGAAGCCGCGAUUGCUAGCCAACCAGAAGCGGUCGAAGCGGAGUCCCCAAAACCAAUCGCCGUGCCAGACUCGCCAGUGAAAGUAGCCAAACCGGUCGUAGAAGCGGAUUCUACGAGUGUUGCCACGCCCAAGAAAUUGGACGCUGAUCAACUAGCUAUGGAUACGGAACCAUCAGACCCACUAUCCACAUUGGCCUCAGCAGCCGUCAUCAAAGCGGAAGCUAUUGUUGUCAAAUCAGAGGCUCCGUCUAACGGGAUCAAGCAAGAAGAACCCAAGAUCGACUUGAAAAAGAUCGACGGCAUUUGGUUUGAUGUUGGCCUCGUCAAGGGCACGACGUCCACCGUUCAACAUUUCCUAUUGCCGUCGAGCGGCGGAGGGCUCGAAGACCGGAUAGAUCAUGAGACAGUAACUCUCCAGCCUGACGCGGAGUUGGCCAUGAAAAAGCUCGAACUUCAACCGGGCACAGCGUACAAAUUCCGAGUAGCCGGCGUGAACUCGUGCGGAAGAGGGUCGUGGAGUGAAGUUUCGGCUUUCAAGACUUGCCUUCCUGGAUUCCCAGGGGCGCCGUCGGCAAUAAAAAUUUCCAAAUCACCUGAAGGUGCACAUCUUUCAUGGGAGCCUCCUCAGAGUACCGCCGGAGAAAUAACAGAAUAUUCAGUCUACUUAGCGGUUAAAGGAACUUCAGCUCAGUCUGUAAGCGGACCAUCCCAAUUGGCGUUUGUUCGCGUGUACUGUGGGCCCUCCUCGCAAUGUACUGUGCCCAACGCGUCGUUGUCGUCAGCGCACAUUGACACGACGACGAAACCCGCCAUCAUUUUCCGCAUUGCGGCGCGGAAUGAAAAAGGAUACGGACCGGCGACGCAAGUUAGAUGGUUACAAGAUUCGAGUACUGCCCCAACUCCAGCCAAAGGUGCAGUAAAGCGGGGAUCCGAGACUUCCAAAUCAGCUACGGCAGCCGCUGCCAAGCGAUCACGAGCCGACGAUUAGAAGAAGAACCUUAAAAUGGUUUUUAAAUUUUUUUAAAGAAAGAGAACGACAGCAUCAACAUAUUAAAGGAGUACUGUUACCUGGCGUCAUCCACAUUUACAUUCAUACAUCAGUGUACGUUUGAAAAGGUUGAAGUGCAGAUUGUUGCUUUUGCGUGUUAUUACCCCUCCGUCGGAAAUGAUUCGGUUUUUACGCCUACACACCCCAUCUAUUCAUCAUUAAUUUGAUAAUUGUCAUUUGUCAUUACAAAAAGAAGCGGCGUCAUCCUCCCACCCCCCCACCCUACCAUUAAUUGUCGUACGGAUUGUGAAAAGUUAUGGCUGUUUUUGUUUCUAAGAGCUUCGUGCAGGCAAUCACCUGUUCGUCUUCUUAGAAUCUAACAGCUUUUGUCCUACGGUUUCCCUUCAACAAAUUUUCAUCGGUUAUCAUGAAAAUAUUAUUUUGUAACCUUUCGAAGUUUUCUUUUUUACUCGGAACAGUUAUUCGCUAAAGUCGACAGUUGAGGAAAAAAGCCGUUUAAUUUCGCCGGUUCUCGAUUCUCAUUCAAGGCCUACAGCACACUAUCCUUAUAUCCAUCUCGUCGCAUUGCAGUAACGUGAGCCCUCAUCUGUCUAUUCGAAUACACUAAACAUUUCUAGAAAAAGGUGACUCAUGUCAUUGCCAUCUGUCACCAUGCUA